UUAAUUCAUAAGCAUCCCAAAUAGAGAUAUUAAGUCAGACUGACAUACAAACAACUUGUAUUUUGUGUCAUGGUAUCCACACACAAAGAAGUGUCGCCUUGUUCCAUUCAGUGUAGUAGACAACAUCUUAUGUGAGAGUGCAUCUCGGCUUGCACACAUUCAGUAGACACAGACUUUAUGCUUUCAUCAUGAGAUGUUAACUCACCUCAUAACACUACACUGCUGACACUACUGACAACAAAGGCACUGGUACCCAAUACACAAACACAAGCAUCUCCUUGCCACUGCUAUAAUUCCCUCACUCACUUUCCUCCACACGCACACACACAAAUCAUACACACAACUCUACAUCACACAUACUUCAAUAGAAAAACCUUCCAAGUCGCGAUUUCAUGCACACCCCCACACAGUCAAUGCACAGCUUAUUCAGCAUGUGUAUUUCUAGAUUCUGGUGUGUAUCUCCAUCCACCUUGCAUUUUCUGAUGGUUUUUGCCGCUCUCCCUCUCUCCCUCAUUCUCUCCUCUUGAUCCUUCUCGUCAUCAUCUCCCACUGGUGGUGAGCGUACCGUGGUACGUAGAAAUCGGUAACGACCUCCUCAUGGCUCGUGCCAUAUGCCCGGCUGUUGAUGGAGGUAUCGCGUUGAUUGUUUGGCUCUAACUACGUCGUCUGGGGUCGUUUGUUGGCAGUUCUCAUUCUUGGAUAUCUUAAAUCAUUACAGACUUGAGAAAGGCUGAGUUUUAGUUGUAAUAUCGAUGGUCUCUCUCCCUGUUAUUUCAUUCCUGUGGAUGUUGCAUUGGAUUUACACAUUCAUUUAUGUAAUAUUGUUUGGAUUGUACACUGUGAUGAAGAAGCACUAUCCCUCAACUGGCAAAAAUGCAAUUGAUCUGAUGUAGGAAGAAGAGGAGAGAAGGGGUCACCAUGCUGAUCAAGGAGUAUCGAAUCCCUCUACCAUUGAGUGUAGAUGAGUAUAGGAUUGCUCAGCUCUACAUGAUACAGAAAAAGUCUCGGCAGGAGAGCAAAGGAGCAGGUAGUGGAGUGGAGAUACUCAUAAACCAACCCUAUGAAGAUGGCCCAGGAGGGACCGGGCAAUACACACAUAAAGUGUAUCACAUAGGUAGUCAUUUACCAGGUUGGUUUCGUGCAAUAUUACCGAAAACGGCAUUACGGGUUGAAGAAGAGUCAUGGAAUGCUUACCCUUAUACGAAGACACGUUACACGUGUCCUUUUAUUGAGAAAUUUUCCUUAGAAGUAGAAACGAAGUACUUACCAGAUGCGGGUCAUCAGGAUAAUGUUUUUAAUUUGUCCAGUGCAGAAGCUAAAAGUAGAUAUAUAGAUUUAAUUGACUUUGUGAAUGACCCCAUUAGUAGCGGGGACUAUGUCAAAGAGGAUGACCCUCGCACCUUCCAGUCCAAGAAAACCGGGCGGGGCCCCCUCAACGAUGACUGGAGGGAGGUGGAUGAGUUGGAUGAGUUCUUGCCCAAGUAUGGUUGUACAGAUGUCAUGUGCGCCUACAAGCUUUGCAGGGUUGAAUUCAGGUACUGGGGUAUGCAGAAUAGGAUAGAGAAGUUCAUCCAUGAUGUUGCUCUGAAGAAGACAAUGUUUUUAGCUCAUCGUCAGGCUUGGUGUUGGCAGGAUGAGUGGUAUGGUUUGUGUAUAGAUGAUAUUAGAGAGCUUGAGAGAGAAGCAGCUCAGGAGCUUCAAGAGCGUAUGGCAGAAGCUCACAUGGAUGAAGAGAUCCCUGUACAGAACGUUCUCAACAGAAUUGAUAGUAUGGCAUCAAGAAAGCGUUUUGAGCACAGUAACGGUUCUGCGACCACUGCAUCGGAAUCCGAAUCAGAAAGCAGACUAGAUGAUGGUAGAUUAGAUUCCGUUGGUAGCGAUUUUGGACUAGAGGAAGCAGUAUUUUCAUCAAAAGAGAGUUCAGCUAAGAGUGCCGCUGCUAAGGCAAAGAGAAGAUUAUCAAGUAGAUUAUCAUCAGAAAGUAGAGGUUCUAGAGAAUCCAACAGCCACACGUUAGCUCACUGGCAUAUGGAUAGCAUACAGCAGGAUUCGGACAGCUCAGAUGAAGAGUUCUUUGAUGCAAAAGAUUGGCAGGAUGAUCAAGAGGAUGAUGGACCUCUGCUAUCUCAUUGGAGCUCUGAAGAUGUCCUUAGUCCAGUUUCAUUAGAAGAUGAAGCAGGAGGCUCUCAAUUUGCUGGUAACCUGCAGUCAGAUAUCACAGUACUCUUCUUGGUGCUUCAUGGUGGUAAUGUCCUGGAUGGUAUGCAGGAGACGGGGGCAAAGAGCAGUGAUAUCAACACCUUCAAGACUGCCUUUGAUGCAGUGGUGAGGGCGCACUUCCCCGUAGCACAGGGUCACAUAGCGGUCAAACUGGUGUCAUGUCCACCAACAUGCCAUGAAGCUGUAAAUUUGAUAACAAGCCUUGGGCCAUGUGGUGUUGAUGCCACAUCAUCAGCCUUUGACAACAAGCUGCAGACAAACACAGAUUUUGUUCCCAUCGGAGCUCUCUCUAUCAUGGCCACCUCCAACCCUGACUACCUAGAGUCUGUAACUGCUACGGUUGGUAGGAUGAAUGCUGCUUACCAUGAGUUUGUUAAGUCCCAGGAAGGCCAUGGAUUCCAAGGACAGGUGUGUGUCGUAGGAGAUUGCAUGGGUGCCAUCCUAGGGUAUGAUGCGUUAGCUAGGGGUACAUUUAUCACCCCACAGCAGUAUCUGUCACCAUCAAUCAGCACCAUGAGUAACUGUACCUUCUAUGAUGCACCCAUCUCCCCACCAGGCUCAUCCACGCCCCCUUCCGGCUCCCCUACCCCUAAUAGUAUCUCCCCUGCCACGCCCCCUGGGAACACCAACCAGCUCUCGCCCACUCCUCUACAGUCUUCUAUCAUCACCCAUAAGUGUCCCAGUAACAGUACAAUUGAGAUGCUGAGGUCCACUGAUGCAUUUGAUGGGGGGCCAAGGAAGCCCACUGCUACCAGUUCAAACAACCUCCAAGCAAUGCAUGAUUCUGGCACAAGGUAUACAGCACCAUCCCAUGAGAGAGUGAAGCGCUUUUCCAAUCCGAUAGCUUUCUCUAACCGUGACUCAGUGCAGAGCUAUAGCUCUGAUAUCGGCCCUGACGGCAGGAGAAUCAGCCUCUGUUCACAGGUCAGCAUGACCUCUGACAUGAUGCUACCAAAGGUCGAAUUUGAGGUCACGCAUUUCUUCAUGUUUGGUUCACCGCUCGGCCUGGUGCUUGCAUACAGGAGAUCACUCCAGGACUUCAGACCAACCCUGCCUUUAAAACCAGCCUGCAGUCAGCUUUACAACCUGUUCCAUCGGACCGAUCCCUCGGCAGCCCGGUUAGAACCUCUCCUACACAGCAAGUUUUCUGUAGUGACACCAUUCUCUGUAGAGAGGUAUCAGAAGUAUCCCAGGGGCGAUGGAAGGUCUAGUGGACUCAUUGAUGCUAUAACUACCAACAUGUUACUAUUUUCUGAGGGGAGAGCUGAAGGGUACGGUAGAAGACACCCAAGCGUAGCUAGCUCAGCCAGUGAGGCGGGGGAGACUGAAGGGGUCUUGUCUGGACCUGCUUUACACACCGUUAAUGCUAUCACAUCAAAAUGGUGGGGCAGUAAGAGGCUGGACUUCGCACUCUAUUGUCCCGAGGCACUGCAGGCAUUCCCGACUGGCGCCCUCCCUCAUCUAUUCCAUGCCAGUUACUGGGAGUCAACAGAUACCAUAGCUUUCAUUCUAAGACAGGUGUUUCACAAUGACAGUGUGAGUGUACACGCUGGUGAUGGGACGGCUGUUGCUAACUUCAUUCCUGCCCAGCCAAGAGAAAAAUGGCAGCGCAAAAGAACAUCAGUGAAAAUGAAGCAAAGUGUAAAUCCGAAUCACAGAGCUAAGGAUGUUGUAGUAGUAGAGGGUUCUCCUCAGAUGUUAGUAGGAAGAUUCAUGUACAGUACAUUGGACAUGGUUACAUUAACCGGAGAAAAGGUGGACAUUCAUAUAAUGACACAACCUCCCUCUGGAGAAUGGGUUCAUUUUGCAACUGAAGUAACCAGUAGUAACGGCAGGGUUUCAUAUACCAUUCCAGAAGCAAGAAGACUAGGUCAGGGUAUUUAUCCAGUCAAGAUGGUUGUCAGGGGUGACCACACAUCAGCAGACUCCUAUUUGACAGUCGUACCACCUAAGACUGAGUGUGUAGUGUUUAGCAUAGACGGGUCAUUUACAGCUAGCGUCUCUAUCAUGGGUCGUGACCCCAAGGUCAGGGCUGGGGCAGUCGAUGUUGUGAGACACUGGCAGGAGCUGAACUACCUAAUCAUCUACGUCACAGCUAGACCAAGCAUGCAGAAACAAAAAGUAGUCUCAUGGUUAGCACAACACAACUUCCCUCAUGGGGUGGUCUCAUUCUGUGAUGGCAUCACUACUGAUCCAUUACGACAGAAAGCGAACUAUCUCAAGGGUCUAGUCGAUCAGAGCAAACUGGUUAUACAUGCUGCAUAUGGUUCAAGCAAGGACAUUCCUAUUUACUCAAGCAUUGGUCUCAAACCAACUCAGAUCUUCAUUGUGGGCAAGGUCUCAAAGAAAUACCAAUCGCAGGCAGUGGUCCUAAGUGAUGGGUAUGCCGCUCACCUUGAUGGGGUAAGUCGAUGCUCCCGUCCUGCCGUAGGAAACGCCCGUCUGGCUCUCAGAAAAGGUUGCUUUAGCCUGCCAGGUCAAUCAAAGCCAGUUAGACCCGCCAAACAACCUGCAACUAGAACUGCAUCCUACCAUGGCAUGAGCCCAUCUGGACCAACGGGUAUUGGGUCCGGAUCGGGAGGGAGUGGAACAACGCGUACAUUGAGUCGAGCAACACAGGGUUCAGUCAAGUUUGAGGUGUGAGUAAUUGGAUGCUUCAUUGAGAUGAGUUUUUGAUGAGUGGCUUCUAAUUAUGGAACUUUUGUUGAUAUUAUGGCUUUAGCUGUAAGGAAGUGAUGAAGCAGUGUGAUAGUGGAGGAAGCUUGAUGCUGACUUAGAUCGGCACAUUGGUUUGAAAGUUGAUAAACUUUCAAAAGAAGUAAGGAAUGUGCAAUGAUGAAGUUAGAUGUGUAUUGCCUCGCUGGUGCACAGUAUUUUGCAGCAGCAACAAAAUCACACUUCAAGACUGCAGUUCUCUUGUUUCUCUCUGUAUUGACUGGCCAGCUUAUGCAGCAUGUCUGAUAAACCAAAAUGAGAGGGUUUUACGGGUCGGAACCAGCAUAGUCUAACCUCCUAUUGUUUAGGGGCUAUCAUUCGGCCACAGUCAUUCAGAAAUCAAAGCAGGCCAGUUUCCUCUUCACUUUACUGGAAGAACAAACUGUCAACUGAAACAUUGUUCUUACAUACAUGUUUAUCUUCAAGAAGUCGUUGUUUGAUGAACCAAACAUUUGUAAGUUAUAUUCUAAGUCUUACUGACUCAAAUGCAUUCCAAUGUAGAAAAGGAAAAAAUGUAAUUAUGCUACUAGAAACUAUGAUAGUUUGUCUGUGAUUUGAACAAAACAUUUUUCAUUUUCCUUCCACUAAAGCAAAUUAUCUGAUAACAUCUUUUGAUUUUUUUUAAAUGUUUGCCUCAAUUCAUAUAAAAUAUAAAGUAUAUUUCUGUUUUGACAUCACUGUGUACUUGAGCGUCCCCAAAUACUCCCUCCA